GUGGCAGAUGUGGUAGAAACAGGCAUUCUUCAACAUCAGAUCAGUCAGACGCGUCUGAUACCGUACCAUUGGAUAAUCCCAGUAACAAACACAUAAUGAAAACUAUGCAACAGAAGUUUUCAGAAAUAGAAAAGGCCCUUAAUUUUAAUGGCGAAGUGAUGGAGGAGUUACAAAAAACAAUAAAAGCUAUAGCGGAUGAGAAUCGUGAGUUGCGAAAAACACAAGAGCACCUUAAGAAUCGUGUUGAUGAACUGGAGAAGGAGGUAGUAACUUUGAAGAAAAAGGUUUCUAAAGGUGAAGAUGAAGCUAGGAAGAAAAGGGUGAUUAUCACAGGAAUUAAAGGAAAUCAGAAUAUUGAUGAAAACGUCAAAAAAGUCUUUUCGAAAUGCGAUAUGGGGGAAUCCAGCUAUAAAGUGUUUGUUCUUUCUAAGGCUGAGGCGGAUGCUACUGUAAGAAGACAUGGAAAAGGUGAACAUCAAGUUCCAUGAUAACGGCACAGUGUCCUACCAGCAUAAGAAAAUUCUAGAGUUCGUUCCAGAACUGUCUGUAGAUAAGGAUCUAAAACUCGUUGUACCGAACAUUCCUCUUCUGACGCUGGCAACUCAGUCAAACAAUUUGGGUUACCUGGUUCAGAAAACAAUAUCUGUCAUCCUGAGCAUGGGUACCUUCAAGCCGUUCGUGUCCUUGAGGGCGGAUGAAUUGGUUUUUGGAUACGAUGAUAAGCUCGUUGCGCUGGCGCAUCGGUUUUAUCCCAAAAAGAAAAGGCCCGCGGAGAAAAUGGGACUGUUUAUACAGAGGAAUGGCACCCUUCCCGAAGUCCACAAUAUCUACACAGGGAUGACAGGCAUGCACGAAUUCGGAUACCUCGCCAGACUGAACGGAAAGGAAACGUUGCCCUUCUGGAAGGACGCCCCAUGCAACGCCCUUAGAGCCAGCGAAGGAUCCUUCUUCCCGCCAAGGUACUUCACCAAUCAGGAUAUGGUGCAUCUGUACGAUAAGGAUCUGUGCAGGAUAUUGCCCAUGCAGUAUAGGAAGUCUGUUUCCAAACAUGGGAUUGCUGCGGAUCUUUUUACGCCAGCUGACACAACUUUUGAGUCUGUUGACAAAUAUCCGGCAAACAAAUGUUACUGCCCAGGCAAUGAGUUUUGUCCACCAAGGGGUCUUCAGAAUAUCAGCCCAUGUCAGUAUGAUGCCCCUGUAUAUCUGUCCUACCCACACUUCUUGGAUACUGAUUCUAGUUUAUCAGAACGAUUUGAAGGACUCAGUCCUAACAGAGAAGAGCACGAAUCUUACUUCAAAAUUCAACCAAAAAUUGGCGUACCACUAGAAGGCAAAAUUAGGGUUCAACUGAACCUGAAAGUAGAUCAGGCUCCAUAUGUUUCCAGCGUGAGGGAUUUUCCUAGCAUAAUUUUUCCCAUUAUGUGGCUUGAAGAGGGCAUUGAUGAUCUAACGCCACCAAUACGAAGAUGGAUCUACUUAGCGACAACUUUCGCUGACAUUGCAUGUCCUCUUAUGACAUACGGGUUCAUAUUUCUUGGUACCUGCGUUAUAUUGGGCGUUUUCGUGAACGCUUACAAGUCUCUAGUUUUUACGAAAGAAACAAUAGAAAUCGGGAUGAGGAACUUGAGGCGAAAGAGCAGUGCCUACAUAAACUCUAACCGAUUCAUCGGUCGAAGAGACACUUACCACCUGCUAGACUUGAACGAAGAUGGGUCCGAUGAAGUCUGACCUUUACUAUUUAUUGCAGUAUAGUUUUUUGUUUAGAUGGCUUGAUUUGACCGGAAAAACUGUUCAUGUACAUUCAUUUUAUCGAUAAAAACAACAACAUUGCGAUGAUUUUAUACAGUGGAGAAUGAUUGCGUACAAUCAAAGGGCCAGUAAAAUAUUUCCGUCCAUGUGAAACGCUCUUAAGGAGUGUGUACGUAGCUUUAACGAUGAUUACUUUCACCAGGAAGAAAAGAGUGAAAAUCUAAAAAGACUUAUUUUGGAAAAGUAACUUACCUGCACCAUCCAACUCCAUUUUGGUCAAGUCACAGCGUAAGAAGACUUAUAUUUUUUUGCAUGAUUGAAAAAAUCGUAGUUUUCCCUCAACGAGGUAGGUAUAUUACUUUUCCAGCAAAAACAAACUGGGCUUUUUUUAUAACUGGUGCUACGAAUGCCAUCAGGCGAAAAUUUUAGAUCGAUCCAACUCAGUUUAUCCCUCAAGAAAAAUUAAUCCCCCUGACACUCAAACCCAAAUGUAUAUAGUAUGUUUUAUACGCUGGAUUGAUUUACAAAACCAAUACUAAACUUUUUUUAAAAUUAAGUCUUUACGACAUAGCAUACUUUAAAAUUAGAGGAAGAAAUAUUUUUGGGGGAGUAGAUACAAAGAAAGAUAUCUAGUAACACAUGAGGUUUUUCGAUUUUUCGGCACCCUGAUAUACUCAUGGAUUUUGGAUCGUGAACUUUUUAAUUUUCUAUCGUCGUUUUUUAUAAGUCUGUGUGAUGUUUGCCUUGAAAUUCAUUUAAUAUGUGCUAGGUAGUGAGAUCCAGCAUACCAUUUUUUAAAUGUUUCAAUUAUUGUUGUCUUUAGCCAAGUUACUUUUUGUCUUAUGUUUAAAUCAAUAAUCAUAUUUUGAUGCAUUUUUAUACGGGAAAUGUGAUAUUUAUAUAUGAGUAUAACACAACCUACAAAGUUUAGCAACAAUUAAAAUUAAUGCGCCAAGAUUAAAUCGUUUUAACUCGAUGCAUUAAUUUUAAUAAAUGGUGAUGUAAAUAAUAUUAAAGAAUAUAUAGGUCUUUUCUAGAAAAAGUUUUUAACAAUUAUUUAUUCAUCCAUUCUUUUUAAAGUCGACUUAAAAUAUGCAAUUGUAGUUUUCUGGAGAAGACCAAGCUGUUGGCCAAAAAAAGAAUGUUGGUGUAGCAAUAUUUUGUACUUUCUCUUAUCAAAUACCUGUCUAUGUAAAUAGUUUAAUGUAAAAAAUGGUAAAAUUGAAAUAGUUAUUUCUACAUAUGAGUUAGUUAGCUCAAAUGUAGAAAGGACGAAAAUAAAUUUGCUCAAUUUUAGAAUAUAAUGUGAUAUGAAUGCAAUAUUGUAUUGCAGUUUUGUACUAUUUCAGAAAAUAUAUUCUGUAUUUAAUUAAAA